AUGCUUCCAACAAAAAAGCACACGCGACAGGCAUUGUCCCUGGCAGACAAGAAGCGCAUAUGCGAGAUCUCGCAGGUCCUCGUGAAAGCGACGCACCAGCAAGUGGCCGACGAGUUCAACAAGACUGCGGAGAGAAGCGUGCAGCGCCUCAUGGUGACCAAAACGUUGCGGGAGAAGGACAAGUGGCUCAGCAUGGACGAGUCGCAGCUUGGACGGAAACGAAUGCGAGGUGGCAAAUUUGAAGCACUCGAACAGUCCUUGAGUCUCUACCUGCAAGAAAUCCGUGCCCAAGGUACUCGUUUGUCGGACAGUCUUCUCACGGCCCACGCAGAGCGCCUGCGCGAAGAGCACCACAUCAAGGACAGCGAAUUCAAGAUUUCGAAUGGAUGGGUGCAGAAUUUCAAACGUCGACACAGCAUUCGAAUGCAUGCGACGUCCAGCCACCACCAUGGCGAUAUGCACAUGAGCAGCGGGGACCCGGACGACACGAAGGUUGGGGACCUCUCGUUUCUCAAACUCGCGUCCUCCAUCGAUGCCAGCGACAUGUCACCGUCGUCAACGUCCACCCACCUCGGCGGUAUUCAUCAACUGAUUGUGGACGGUGGGUUUAAGCCUUGCGAUGUGUUCCAUUACGAUGAGCAUGUGUUGCAUUUUCAGCUCCCGAACGAAUCGUAUUCAUCGUCCUCGUCCCGCAGUCACCAACGCCAAGGCCGCAUGCUGCUCGGUCUUCUCACCAAUGUCGUGGGGGACGCACCGAUGAUGUGCUGCAUUCAGGAGCGCUCGACGCGGCCCGCUCUUUUUGCGGACAUGCUUUACACGGCCGAUUUCGUUUACGCGAACCCUGGCGCGAAGAUGACCAAGGACACAUUCACAAAGUUCAUUUUGCACGUCAACACGGUACUCGCGAUGCAGGACCCGCCACGGCGCAUCCUUUGUUUCCUCGAUUCGUCGCCAUGCCACGCAAUCUCGAUGGAAGGACACAUGAGCACCAUCUGCGGCAUGCGCACCGUUGAGCUGUCGCACAUGCUCUUGGCCCACCUCCCACCGCGAGUCCCUUCUCAGCUGACCCCACUCGGAGCUGGCCUCACGACCUACUUUCACCUCCAGUACAAGAUCACCCACCUCAAGUCGAAACUAACGGCCGACAUGCCGUCGUCUGGUCUUCUCCCAUCGUCUGCGUUGUCGGUGACCCAACAUGAACAGCAAGCGUUGACGUGGGCCGCGCAGCUGUGGAAGACGGUCCCAGCAUCCAUUGCAAAGACCAGCUGGAAACAGUCGCAGUGGUUGCCACCAUCUUGGCCUCCGGCUUGGGAACGUGAUGACAGCGUGGAUGGUUCCAGUGUCCUCGACGACGAAGCGGAAUCCAUGGCCGAGUCGCUCAUGGCCCACGCGCAGUCGGAAUGGAAGACGUUGCAUGGAAUGGUGUACGGCUUGAAAGGCGAUGGCGACCUAGCUGCGCCGCCGUCAGCCCACCCCCCAUCGUCUCCGUCGCCGUGGACGAGUUCGCCGAACCCUCCCAACCCUGACGACACCGACGCGCCAAGAGUUCCCACCGCGUGCCAAGCGCUCGAGGCUGCCCAUCAAGUGCUGUCAUUCAUCGAACAGCAUCCUGUCGUCUUCACUCACGACGACGUUGCCGCUCUGUUGGGGGUCGCCAAUCGCAUCAGUGGAAUCGACUACCACAAAGAACCGCCCCCGUCGUAGGCGGUCAAUGAGCCAUUGCGGCGACCCCAAGCAAAAAUCACCGCAUCCAGCAGGAGCAGCAGAAGCCCGUGACUUGCCAAAUACAGUUGCAUCUUGGUGUAGUUUACACGUCGUAAAGUCCUUCCUGUGACGCAGACGCAAAAACUACCGCCGUUCCUUCAUUG